CACGUGAAAGCAGCAGUUGUCCAGAAGACUUCAUUGCUCCUGCAAACAAGUUAAUUGUAUCUAGCUGUGGACCAGAAACGCCCUUUGGCUACAUUAUUCACUUUGACGGGGCUGACAAUCGCUAAUCCUUCAAAUUGUCAGUGAGUGCUUGCUCUUGCUGUGGUGAUGGUGCAUGAAUAUCUGAAGACUACCUACUGACGAUGAAGUUUCCAAACCAAGAGCCUGCUUUCGUCACCUGCUGCCAUCAAACAAAUGCAGUAACCUCUUAAAACACCAGCUCUGUUGUCCAGCAUAUUUAUUGCCUUAUUUCUACCAUUCCACUGUACCAGCAACCCCUCGGAUAUUAUCUACUUGCUCGACACUUUGCCCAGGUGUUUUUAUUAGCUGUGAAAAGCCUCUGCCUCAGCUCUCCCACAGUUUUUUUUUUCUCACUUUGGAGAAUCUCUAUUCCCAAAUGAUGCGGGCGGACAGUAAAGGCCGAAGUGCCUCCCCUCACAGGAUAACCUAUAAGUCUGACUUCCACGCAAUCAAAUGUUCAUUUGACACUGCGACUAGUUUACAACCAGGGACCAAAGCUGCUGUUGCUGCUGCCCAGUGCUCUGCUGUGCACUCAACCAGGCUGCAACCAUCCAGCAUGUCAGAUCCCAUGACGUCUCACACCAGCACAGGCAGGAGAGGCAGGGUUCAGAGCACCAGGGGAACAAAGAUAAGAGACAAUAUUUUCCUGCAAAUGGACAGCCAGCAGCUCAAACAAGAUGGUGGCCCAGUGCUGAGUUCUGGCUCCACACCUCUGCUUCCUCCCAGUAAUCCUACCCUACAGCCCCAAACUUCACCUUUCUCUGGAUCCAGGCGUUCAGUGGCUAGUUCCUCGUCUCUCCUGAGCACGGUGGCCAGUGCUUCUACUCUAGAUUCGUCUUUGCAAGAUAAACUAUCAAGAUCAGAGGAGAUAUCGGAUAUUGACAGAGCUGCUCUGGCUCAGAAGUUCUCUGUAACCCGGAGGUUGUUUGAGACCAAGGUGAUGGAGGUUGAAGGCAGUGGAGGGCAGGUUUCAAAAGGUUGCAGGGGAAGCAAAGGGGUGGCAGAUGGGAAAGGAGAUGAGGAAGAGGAGAGAGGAGGUGUCAGCCAGGUGGAAAAAGAGGAAGAGGCAAGUGGGGAAAGCAAGCACGCCCAGGAGGAUAGUUUUGAUAAAGACAAAUCCAUAAAUCUACCCAUCAUAAAUAUUUCCUCGCCAGAGCCUCUCGCACAGGCCUCACUGACAAAGCACCCUAAAUCUCCUGUCUCGGAUAGCCCUAGUGAAGCAUCGAACACAUCUCCUCCCUGUCUUGACAAACAUGGUCAAGCCACAGGAUUACAAUCAGAGAGAGAAGGGGAAGAAACUGCAAGUCUUGACCUCUGUUUGACUCCAGAGGAGCCAGUGAGGGCAGAAUUGGUUGACAUAAAAAACGAGUCAUCAGAAAGUGAUGAAAAUGAAGAAGAAAAGGAGCGGAGAGAGGCCAACAACAGGGUUGAGGAUGAGAGAGAAAAGUAUAUGAACAGAGCUGCAGGAGACAGGGUGCAGAACCUAGUGGAUGAUGUUUUUGAGGGACCCUAUGUGGAAAAAACACCAUAUGCACUAGAAAACGGAGUGGACCUAAGAGCAGGAGACGAUGGGCCAGUCGUUCCCUCAGAAGAACACCAGAAGGAGUUCUUAGCCAGCAUGUCAGGUGAAAGGCAGACUAUGGAUGACAGGGAAGGUGAAGGAGACAAGUAUCGGCAGGUGAAUGAACAAUGGGAGGGGCAGAGCAGACAUUUCAUUGCACAGGCUGAGGCGUUGACAGAAAAGGGGUCCUGCAUGAAGAAAAAGACAGACGCAGGAGUUGAAGAAAUAUCUGAAAGGAAAGAGAGAGGCGUGAUGCAAGAAGAGGGUAUUGACGAGGAAGUUGAGUCCUACAGUGUGGGAAAGAGGAAAAGUGAAGAAGUAGAAUGCGAACAGACUCAACAGAUGGAAAGAACUGACAAAGAAGAGAAAAUAGAGAAAGAGGAGCAUGUCAGCGAGGAGGUCAAGCAUGAGGAGUGCCAAGAGGCCAGCGAUGGGAAAGAUAAUGUAGGAGGAGGCCAAGACGACCAGACAGGUCCUGCAGUAAUCUGUGGGAUUGAGAACGAGGCUUUUGCGUGUGAGCAGGAAUCUCAGUCUCAUCCAACGUCACCAGGACAGGAAUGUGAAGACUCUGCAGAGCUUUUAUUGGAAUAUGAUGAAAUUCCUGGUGUGCCUGAGGUGUCCGAUCAGGAGGAUGAGGAUGCGGCGGAAGUUGCGAAGAGAAAGGUCAGGUUCUCCUCAGCACCAAUCAAGGUGUACUGCACCUAUUCCAACGCAGAGUACGACAGACACAAUGAGGAUAUUGACCCAGUGUCCGCCUCGGCUGAGUAUGAGCUCGAGAAGAGAGUGGACAGGAUGGAUGUCUUUCCAGUGGAGAUAGAAAAGGGUGUGUGCUCCCAACAGAACCCAGAAGGAAAAGAAAUCAUGCAAAUGGCCAUAUCAGGAGACGAUGGUCUUGGCAUCAGUAUCAUAGGAAUGGGGGUAGGAGCAGACCAGGGGCUGGAAAAACUAGGAAUCUUUGUCAAGACAGUCACUGAAGGAGGAGCAACACAAAAGGAUGGAAGGAUUCGGGUGAAUGACCAGAUAGUGGAUGUGGACGGGGUUAGCUUGGUUGGAGUCUCCCAGCUGUUUGCAGCCACGGUGCUCAAGAACACGUCAGGCCUUGUCAAGUUUUUGAUUGGACGAGAGAAGGAAGGCGUAGAGAGCGAGGUGGCACGACUGAUCAACGAAAGCCUGGAAAUGGAAAAAACAUCCAGAAAGAGAGGAAGCACAGGUGGAGAUGAAUAUAAUGAUAGUAGCAUGUCAGAGAGGGGCUCAGUGGCUGAGGAAGAGGAGGAAGAUGAUGAUGAAGAGGAUGAUGUGUCUGUUCUUUCCAGCAUGGACAACUACCAGCUCUGCCUCAAAUACCAGCAGCUUCACUCAAAACUACGAAGCAGAGCAGCCCAACUUCACCAUGCUAGAGAAAAGUUAAAGGCAUUGGAGGAGCAGCAGGCCUGUUUGGAGAGCCAGAAGGAUGAGUUGGAGCAAAGAGUGGAGGAUGGAGAGGAGAAAGCUGACAAACUAGAGAAGUAUUGGCAAGAGGCCCAGACACUGUGCAGGGUUGUGAGCCAGCGACUUGCUGAUGCCCAGAGCCAAUCAGAAAGCUUGGAGAUCAAAUACAGCAAGGCUAAGAGACUGGUCAGAGAAUACCAGAGCAGAGAGGAGGAGAGGGAGAAAAGAGAAGCCGAGUUGAGGAGAGAAAUGGAGGAGAGAGAUAAGCUGCACAGAGAGGCAGUUGAAAGACUUCAGAACCAGAUAACACAGCUGGAGAGGAAAGAGACUGACAGAAAGAACCACUCCGUGGACUCUUCAGUCACAGGCCCAGACUGGUAUAUUCCUGUCCCUGAUACAGGACGUCUAGACUGCAGUGCUCACAUAGCCAGAGCUCAGCUCGCCCAGAAAUCAAAGCGCCACCCGCCCUCUCGAGACAAACUUAGAGAGAGCUUUAGAAAACAGGAAGAUGAAUCUAAGAAACACCAGGAGAGCCAAGUGCCGACUGCUCCCACAGUGCUACCGAGGAGCUGCAGAAGUGACCUGUCCAGCACAUCGUCUUUCUCAGCCCUCAGUCCUCAGCCUAACACUGGCUCUGUCUUCACCCCUCCCAUCUACAUAAAUGACAGUGUCACACCUUCACCUUGCAAAUCCUCCGCAUCAAGGAAGUCCAAAAGGAAAUUUCCUGACUUCAGUGGCCUUCGCAAGUCUCUCAGCAAAAGAAGAAGUGAUAAACAACGUAAAAGAUCCAUAAACAGAGCGUCGUGUGGCGACCUAGUGGAUGAGCCCGCUGGAGUUUCUCCGUCAGGCUCGAUCACCUCCAUGCCUUCUUGUCUGCCUUUCCCCUGGUUCGGAGAGCGAGGGAGAGAAAAAGAAGAGGGGGGUGAGCGAGGCAGGGAGAGACUUCGAUCCGUGUCCAGCAGCAGCUUACCGUACCUGACCACCACAGGCAGAAGAGACCAGAGUAUUGGCUCACCAGUGUGCAGCUCCAGCAUGGUGGGUCAUGUCUCUGAUCUCUCCCUCUCUGGACACUCUCACACUUUCACCUUUUCAUCCACUGAGACGUUGGACGAUGACCCAGUUCCCACCAAUAACAACAACCAGUGGCAAAGCCGACCCGUGUUGGAGUGGAAUAACCAGCAGGUGUGUCUGUGGUUAAUCGCCAUGAACAUGGACCAGUACGCGUCUGAGUUUGCUGCCAAAGGUGUGGAUGGGACACAGCUGCUCAACAUGGACAGUGAGAAACUCAAAGCUCUGGGAGUGUGCAGCCAUAGUGACCGGUCUGCGCUCAAGAAGAAACUGAAGGAGAUGAAGAAAGGCGAGGAAAGGGGACAAAGGAAAGGAGAGAAGAGGCUGAAAGAGGAAAAGGAGAAAGAGAAGAAUGUGGUUUUGGAAAAGGAGAGCGAAGAACAGGAGAAGGCGAGGAUGAUGAUGAUGGUGAUUGGGGAGAAGCCUGUAAAAGACACCAGACGUAGUGGCAAAACCGUAAGAACCGAGUCGCUCUUAUAACGGCGGCGUCUGAGAUGCACCACCAGCACGAGGCUGUGUUUGCAGUCAAACAAAUACACUUGAACCAGACUCUGUUUAGUUAAUAGAAACCGUUAAAUCUACUGCCCAGACCCUCUGUUACUCACAUCUUAAUAGUUACCAUUUAAGAUACAGAACAUUGUUUUAACUGAUAAAAACAUCUUUGGACCUGAGCAGAGGUUGAUUCCAGCACCAAAGUAAACACUCACUGCAGAUGAGCAUCUCUCAGCAUUUGUCAGGUGUUAAAAUAUGAUAAUUUGCUAUUGUUUUACAGCUUUUUUUUAAUUUUUAUCAUGAACUUUAAAUUAUCCUUAGAAUGAUUUUAAUAUUUAACAAUGUGCUGAUUAAGCACGCGGGUAUUUGCUUGUAAAUGCUUUUUUUAUGUAUUAAUAAAUAAUGCUUCAAAACCUUUUUAACUCACUUAUUUAUCCUUGAACAAUCAAGACGCCAGAACACUUGAAUAUGACAACAUUCAAACAUUUUUAUUCAAGAAAAUCUUUGCUCGCUCUCACUGUCUUUUCUAUUUUACAGCCAAUGGAAAGGUGUAGAGGUUUGGCUGUAUAUUUACAAAGCAAGUGCCGGACAAUUGAAUAAGUGGCAGUUCCUCUCUAACAUACAACCUGAGGCACCUUGAGUUUGAAAAAAUGCUGAUUAAUCAACAAAGAUGCACAGUAGAAAUGCUCCAAAAUGGGGGAAAUAAACACUUUUUAGUUUAAAAAAAGAAAAAGUCAUCUGUGGUUGCAUUGCAUGACUCUUUGGCAUAUAGGGCACAUAACAUAAGUACUCCUCACGAAGAAUAAAUACAAACAAUUCUGCAAAACAUUUUAAAAAAUGUACAAAAUACCUAGAAAGACUUCCUCUCUACCCCAGUUAACACUGUGAAUGUAGCAAAUGUACAAAACAUGCUCUGUCAGACAGUAGUUGUGCAGGAUCAUCUCCCGCACUGCAACUCUCCUCCUCCAGUGAUUCAUACAGACUUUCAUACAGAAGAUCAGUUCUGAA